UUCCGUUAUAUACGUGUGUGCGCCCCGAUAAGAACAUAAUGUACACGGAAUAUCCGUAUCAGAACGUACGUUAAAGUUACAGUGUCGAAGGAUCUGAGUCGACACCAUAAGGUCUUUGGGUGACACUGGAUCCGAAACUGAAAACAUGAUGGCGAUGUACUUCAAUUUUAAUGUCGAAGUAACAAUUUUAUUUCAAGGAUGGCACGUGACAAGCGCUUGGGAGCUGGCACUGUCUUGUAUAGUGAUGUUUAUCGUGGCAGUAUCGUUCGAAAGCCUCAGUGUAUUACGUCACCUUACAAUUACUAAAGAAGUGAAACGUGCCGAGAAAAUAUGUACCACAAAAUCCACAGCACAAACAGAAGAGAAGACGGAAAAAGAAGCAAUACUUAAGAAACCACAUACGCACAUGGGUAUUUGCAGUUCAGCGCAUGCGCUGUUGACCAUACUUCAUUUGUUGCAAGUGAUCCUGGCAUAUGCUCUUAUGUUGACAUUCAUGACCUACAACGGAUGGCUGUGCCUCUCCAUUCUACUCGGUGCCACCGUUGGAUAUCUGAUAUUCGGAUGGAAAACCUAUGAACCACACUUCAAAACUACGUGAAAUGUAACAGCGGACUUCGGAGAUCACCGUGGAGGGCGCCAACGAAUGUGCCCACUCUGCGUACGGUUUUAGACCGGAGUUUUAGAUGAGUGCCAAUACAAAACUUUCAGCUGCGUCAACUUGUUACGGCAGCAUCCUAAACUACUUUCAAUCAUUACAUAUUAUCAGGGUCUUGAUCACGAG